AACAAAUUUGAACGAACGCAAGCAACUAAUCGCAUGCUUUGUUGCUGCUUUUGUGGAACCUAUUGUUGGUCCACAAAACGAGCGAUGGUGAUACAUUUCAUUUGAAAUUGAGUACGAAAUUUUACAACACAAUUGUUAGAAAUAUUAAUAAUUUGGAUGCUAAACAAUAUCUAAUUAAAAAUUCUCAUUGUAGAAAUCACAACUGUUAAAAUAGUUAUAAUAAUACUUAAAAAAUUCUAAAUAAAAGAAAAUAAAGUGUGAAUGAAAUAAGAUGGAUGAUAAUAAGAUGAUGGAAAACUUCAAGUUGAAUGCCAAACCACAGGAUAAUGCAUCACCACGUGCUACUGAAGAAGUGGAUUUAGAGGAAAAGCAUAAACAAUUGCGGGAAUUUGCAGAAAAGUUGAGAGCUGAAUACUAUGAAGCUUACCGCCAAAUGACUGCAGAGUUGAGACCUUCACAAUUGGACGGGUUCGCUGAAGUGCUAAUGGAGCAUCAAAAGCAUGUGGUUCAAAAUCAAGAUGAAUUAAUUUGUGAAAUGAGAGCACAGUUGAUGCAAUCUCUGAAGGAUUCCUUAGAUCGAUUUUGGGAGGAAUAUGAUGUUACGGAUCGAGUAGCUGAAUUGGAAAUGCUAAAAGAGCAAUGUAACAAAUUUAAAGGAAGCUCGUGGAACGUCCGUCUAAUGAAACCUUUACAGAGGACUUUGCCUCUACGAAUGCGUUUUAAGGAAACCAGAUUGCGCUACCUUGAAAAACAACUGAAUUAUCAAAAUGAACAACUAAAGAGUUUAAUGGCGGUGAAUUGUAGAGAACGGUCUCGGAUUCGCAACAUGGAACAACAAAGAAAAUCGAUGUUAAUGACUUUAGUACGAUACAGUCAAGAUAUCGAAAAGAGAAAGUCGCUUAUGAAGCAAAUAACAGCCGAUUUGAUUUUUAAUACUGAUUAAGAUUUUGUUUUAAAAUAAAAGUAAAAUUGAGUUAUUUAUAUAGUUCUAGUUAUUUAGCAGCCAUAUUAUCGUUGCCGUUAUGCUUGCAUUGAAUACUAACCGUAAUAUCUUUAUUUGCGAAAGUCGUCAGAGCAAAAAAAAAUAUUCUAUUGUAUAUUUAACUUUUAGUCAUAUUAAUGCAUCAAUAGACAAUGUAAAUUCUUAUAUAAUACAUGUUCCACAAAACCGAUUAGUAAAAGUAAAUAUUACUUAAAAAAUUCAUAAACUGUUUAAA